GGGGUGUCGGUUUACGGCCGGUCCGGCACCUGCAUCUGGGAGGUGGGCGGAGGAGAUCGGCGAGUGGAUGGCACGCAGCCCGGGGCACUGCCUCCGAACACAGGCGGUGACAUCCUAGGCCUGUUCUCAGCAACGAACUCUCAAGCUCAAGCCCAAGUCCCUUCUCUCACAGUGCUUACUCUUUCUUUCCCCCCACAGUGACUACACCGCACUUCUCCUUCAUGUGGAGGACCAACGCACAGGUCUCUCGUCGUCAAUUAGCAGACUGGGAAGACGAUGCAAGCGACGUCUUGUCAGCCACCCUCCAUGUUCUCCAAGAUUCCCUUAACCCUUCAAUAGAUACCAUCCUCCCGCCACAAGAUCAAAUGCCCCCGCAAGGCCCUUCACGCGAUGCUUUCUAUAUCCUCCUGCCACUCCUUAUCGUUCUCUCCACCUUUCUCUUCCUUCUCCUGCUCUUUCUAAUAUGCGUUAUCCUGCUCCGGAGACGGCGGGGUAUCAUGCUCCGCGAUCAAGACGGUCCCGUCGAUAUGAGCAGAGAAGACCUCAUAGAGGGCGAGGGUGGCUUUGAAGGUGUUGAAUCCCGUUGGCUGGAAAGCGUGAGCGAACAUGCCCGUCGAUCAUAUCUCAGAGCAAAGGAAUACCAAAUCCAUUACCCUCCCAACUCGCAACCCACUGACAUCACAUUGUCUCAGUUCUUAUCCAUCCAAGAGAAGGGUGUUUCCGCGUGGUGUUUUGAACCUGAUUUCGAAGCCUUGAACUCUCUGCUUGUUCAUGCACGUACCGAGAUCACGUUCUUACCCGAUCCCUCUUCUGCUACCUCCGUGCAGUCCAACUUACCUCUACCAAAGCUCAACGAGGUGUACUAUUGGGAGGUCAAAAUGUUUGACUUGCCAGAGACCACAAACGUUGCCGUGGGGCUGGCUACCAAACCGUACCCAUCUUUCAGACUUCCUGGUUUUCAGCGAUACUCUGUUGGAUAUCACUCCAACGGUGAUAAAUCCCACAACUACCCUUUCACUGCGACACCUUUUGGUUCAUCUCUAAAAGAGGGUGAUGUCCUUGGCGUUGGCUAUCGUCCGCGUACAGGUACUGUCUUCUUCACCCGCAACGGGCGCAAAACGGAGGACGCGUUCAUCGGCCUCAGCAACUGGAAUCUGUUCCCAACAGUAGGCGCAGAUGGCCCGUGCAGUGUCCAUGUCAACCUCGGUCAGUCGGGAUUUGUCUUCAUCGAAGCCAAUGUCAAGAAAUGGGGUCUGGCGCCAAGUGUGGGAACACUGGCCCCUCCACCGCCGUACGGUACUGAGCGAGGGAGCAUUCUCCUAGCAGCAGGGGGUGAUAUUACUCCGUUGCCCAGCGCUAUCGGUUCUCCAUCUGGCGCGUCAUCCCGCUCUCGGCGGUCGCAUCGUUCUCGACGGCCUAACAGUCGACUGUCUGCGUCUGCACCUGCCGAGUCCUCACCAUUACGCAACAGUCCGAUCGCUUCGCCUUCACCUCCUGAGACUCCGCCACCACCAAUCACGCCGAUUGAGGAGGAGCCUGAGGCUGGUCACUCUGCAGCGGGACCUUCCUCACGCAGAUACAUUUCUCCCACAGAUUUACCUUUCCAUGCUCCACCUAAUGCAAACAUACCAUUGUCACCGACGCAAGAAAGUGAUGUGCUGCCUGAGACCGGCGAGGGCGAGUGGUCAUCAUCCACUUCGAAUUCUGUGGAGUCAUCUCGAGCUCCGUCGCGAGCUGUAGGUGCGAACCAGUUCAAUACACCUCGCCGUCAACCUUUCACGUUCACUCAUGCGCGGACUGGUUCCCGCUCGUCGUGUUCAGGUCCGGAAUUGGCCAUUCAAGUUCAUCCCCCUCCAGAGUCGCCCAUGAGCCCCGAUCCGCCCACACCCAAUGUCAGAGAUAUUCAUCUCCAGGCAUUGGCGUCGUCAUCCAAUACCACCACAUCUGCACCAGCAGCUAGUAAUACAACUGUCGGUACUACUUUGGCUAUACCCAAUCGGGAUCCCCCUGCGUACUCUCCAUUGGAUGCAUUCGCAUACUCGGAUGGAGUGCAGCUUGAUCUUCCUGCAGAGAUCAUAGCUGCUGCAAUCGAAAGGGGGACGUUACCUACGACUAUGAUGGGUCCGUCACCAACUUCCUCGCGGUCUGAAAGACAUAGAAGUAGGAGAGAUCGACGUCUAUGACAUGAGGUAUAGAUGGUGUGUUUGUCUCAUCUUUUAUAUCAUCUACGGUCGAUACUCAGACUCAGUAUCCCCACUCAUAUUAUCGGGUUUUUCGCUCAUCAUCUCUUCUCGUUGGCAUAUCCUUGUUUGUAUUCGUAGUAGUGGAUGGACUUCUCGUUUGGAGCAGAUGGAUCAAAGAGGUAUCCCCCCAUUCAUAUCCCAACUAGCAUCAAUGAAUAUUUGUUCGUGUCGUGUAUCAAGCCUCUUCAUCCUCGUCCUUGCUUUCGUACCUCCGUAAUAAUUCAGCUCCCUCCUAUCUAAGUCACAUGUUUGUUGUACAUUCUUUCUGUUCAAUAAGAUACACACCUUCAGGUGUCCUCAUCGUCGCUCUCAUCGUCGCUUUCAUCGCGUGCCGAUCGCCGUAUCUCCUCUUGCCACAUCCCCGCAAACUCUUGAAGGUUUCGACCACUGCUCAUCGCCAGUGCCUCCAUGGGGACCAUGUUAUGUUGGUGAGCGGGGGCGUUUCGAGUUGCCGCUGGAUGACUUCGUGAGUCGAUGACUCUGAAUUCGGCCUUGGAGUCGCUGGUAGCUUGUUUCGCUAAAUCAAAAAGCUCGUCGUAUGUGAAGAGCAGUGGAUCAGUCCGUGGUGCAUAUGGACCGAAGUCAAGAAUGUGACCUCGACUGAGGUCUCGGGUUAGCAGGAAGUCGAAGGUGUCUGCAAAGUUGCUAUCAACAUUUAUGCAGGAGGUGUGAAGGUGUGGGGGCUCAGGGGCUUACAGUUCCCAUUGGUUUCUGCCCAUUUUCCCUUUAUAUUCUUCUCCCAGAAUUCGGUCACUGCAUCCAAGACUUUGUCCUUCGUUCCAGCUUCGUUCCAGAAGUCGUAGUAAUUAGGGUCACGUUGAGAGAUAGCUGCACCAUGUCAUCAUCAAUGUGCGUUAUUAAUUUU